GCGCCAGCAUCCCGGGAUCAAUGAUGAUGUGGGGCUGGAGCCGAGCCACCCUCCUCCGCUCCGCCAAAACACACGCCCCCGCACACGCCAGCUGCAGCUCGACCUUCGCCAACCUUUCGCAGUCCGACCUGAGGGGAUGAUGCGACACUCACUCUCUCGCAAAUAGCCCGACGUGCCGGCUGACAACAGAAUGGCUGAACGUAAAGAGUCUGUUGAUGACAGUUUGACGGACCAAGCGGUGCCCAUCCCCAUUCAAAUUUUCCUAUGGAGACAAACUAGUCCUUUCAUCCGGCCGAAACUAGGAAAACUGCACGAAACGACUUGCUUAUUUUGCCAAAAUGCACCAGGACAUCAUGAGCUGAAGGAGGCGUGCAAGUCGUUUGAAAAAGUGCUCGUGCAAAACAUCCAGUUUGGCCUCAGCCCAAGUCUAACCGAGGCUAUAAAAGCUGUGCCGCGAUGGAAAUUGGUCCAGGCCUCAUUUCCGCACGUCAUGCACUGUGCAGCCUCGCUCCUCAGCAACAGACGAGAAAACACCAGCUUGCAGAAUCUGAGUGCUGCCGAGACGAAACUUCUAUAUACCCUGCACUGGAUCAUUUUAGACGCGGCCGAAGAAUGUGCCAACGACGAGUUAGAGAAAAAUACCUCGCGCAAAGUUGCCUCCUCCCACUACCUCUUCUCUAUCCCUUCAAUUACGCUCUUCGUGUAUCUGUUUGCCCCACUGUGCCAUCUGCUGAAGGAACACGACCUGCAGUCGUUCCGCCUGGAAAACGGCCUGAAACUGUGGCAGCCGCUCUGGGAGUACAAACACCCGUCAGCCAAGUGCUUUUCGGCUCUGUGCAAACCGAGGCCGAUUUGCAAAGCCUCCAUUGGCUUACACCAUCACUCGAAAUCGUUUGGAGACGUCUUCACUGGCACCAGGAGAGCAGCGAGUGUUGAAAGCACAGAUAGCCCUGCAAGUGGACAGAGCAGCGCUGAAAACGCAAAAGACAAAGGAGAAGAUAGCCCUUGGGUGUCAUCUCCAAAAGAAACAGUUUUCCCUGAGACGAUUCCAGAGGAGAGUUCAAGCACUGAGGAAGAGCACAUGGUGAUUUUGAAGCUGCCUUCCCUGCCCGACUCAGAUGGGCUGAACAGAGAACACUCCGUGUACACGGCUCACCCGAGUUUGUUUCAAGUAAAAAGCGUGCCGAAAGAGGUGAAGCAACUCAAGGCUCACCCUAAAAUUCCAAGUGAUAGUCUUCUUGCUCCUCCCGGAGGAAUUCCAAGAAAGCAGCAACUCGCCGACCUGACCGCCGCCACCUUCAUGGACGUGGCAGUACUCAGGAGCUUGUUCAUUUCACAGUGGUGCGAGGAGGGAGUUUAUUGGGCUCUCCAAUACCUUUAUCACAGACUGAGAGAAAUAAACGACGAGACGUCAACCCAAUAUCAGCCAAGGAGAAGGAGCAACUCGCUUCCUAUUCCCAAAAUUGAAGUUUCCAUUUACCAAAGUCCGGAAAUGAAGAAAAAGGAAUCAAAAGUCAUGAUAGACUAUUCGGACGAGUCGCUCGGAAACAAAAAACAGUGCUUGUCGGACGAAACUCCUAACAUGAGUAGGAGGUCGAGCGAAAAAGUAAAGAAAAGAACCAAAAUCGCCGACCUGAGAGCAUUUGUAGAAACAAAGCUGCUGUCCAAGUCGGAAAAGACGUUGGAGAAAAUCGGACGCGAGGAGAGAAAACUCGGUUCUCUGUCAGACCAGGAACACACGAGCAGUUUGGACGCUGGAGAUGAAAACUUGGUGCCACGUCCGUGCUCUGCGCUGGCCAAAAUUUGCGAGCCUCGGCUCGACUCUGAAGUGAAAACCAUCAAACCAGUGAGCAACCUGGUCAAGGGAAAAAGCAUGCCCAGUCUCAGCUGUUUAAUAGAUGAAUUAGCAAGUGCAGGGUACCUCAGUGAAUUGAGCCAAAUAAAAUAUGUGAAGCCACCACAGCCGCCAGCUUCAGCGAUACCGCACCCCAUCAUCACAGUCACGGAACACACCCCUACACCCUCACCAGACUUUAUGCGCCGACAAGAGCAUCUCUUUGGCCAGGGAUCAAUUGACAGCCAGUUAGAUGCCCUCAGUCUGCAGGGUCGCCAGGGUGUCGAGAGGAAGGCGAGUUUAACCAGGUCACAGACCGACUCCAAUAUUACAUACUCGAAGGAAGAAACGCUCGAGGUACCUGGCUCAGCGAAAUACAUCACAAAAGACGGAGAAAUUGAUUACCAAGUGGUGGUUAAGGCUGUCCACGCUGCUUCGCAAAAAGACGGUGUCUGCACAUUGAGGGUGUGCGAAGUGAUUUUAAAUCUUACUGAACUGCUGAUGGAGCUUGGGGUGUUGAAAAUUAACGUUAGACAUUUCGACGGAUUGAACAUCGCAGAAGGCACCCCAGCAGCGUCGGCAUCACCAAUGCCAAGCUGUAGUGCAGCUGGCCCGACGAAAUCAUCCUCUGAAGAAAAGCCUGAAGAGGAGCAGGUGUCCGAAGCGCACAGCCUUCUCCUUAAUUGCGUCGUCAGGGUGCUCAAGCAGCUGGGAUGCCCCAAUGGCUGUGCAGACAGCCAGCGUGGACCUCCGGCUGACUUUCUUAGGUCACAGGGCCAGUCGAUCCUGACCAAAUUGCACCGCGCAAGUCACAAGCAGUUCACGCGUUUUUUCCGAAAACUCGUGAAAGACCAUCCCAUCGGAGAGCUGCUCGACUUCUUCCACGCUUACACUGGCUACUGUGUUGACCCUGCAUCACUGCUUUCGCCACUAAACCAAAAGAGAAGUGCCAGCAAAAGCCCCGAUAUGAGCGCAGGCCAGUCUGGAUACGCGAAUAACUUUGGUGCCGGUUUGGGCGGUGCUGGGGGCAGAGGGGUCGAAGGGCAGAUCCUCAGCUGUGUUUUCAAGUGUCUGAUAACCAGACUUGUUACGUGUAUGAAAGAAAUCAAAACUCAAGAGCACCUGGCUCUGUAUUGCGACGUGCGCCAAUUUGUUUUGUACAUCAAAGAAGCACACGGCGGUGUUUUCCGACGAGUGGUGCUGAGCGCAUUGAUCGACUCGGCCGUCAGACCGCACAAAAAGGAGCCGGAACCGCAGACGACGCGGGUCAUCAGACAUGUCCACGGACCGGCCGAAGAGCAGGAGGCCUCCACGUCAAGUGCGGCCGCAGCGCCCUCCGAACCAUCCUACACAAUCCCCGACGAGAACAGAGCAGCCUCCGGAAGAAAGUUCCUUUUUAAAAAGAGGAGCACUUCCUCUACCUGCGCUAGUCUUCUGGAAACGGAAUUGACCGAUGAACCAAUAAAAACGCAAAGCCCUUUGAGCAAUGUUCGCCGGAAACACCACAUCCUUACUCCGAGGCAUAGCGAACGCAACCUUGGUGUUGAGCUGCCCGUGAGUCCCGCGAUCAAAACAAGCCAAAAGGGUGGAAAACUGAGCGCCUGGUUCAAGCGGGACCAUUCACGUGCAGAAUCAACCGAGAGUCACGAAGGCGGGGAAUCGCCCAUUGACUCUGGUUUCAUAAGGCAAUCCUCACUUGGCAUGUACCAUUACUCGAAAGGCGGAGGCAAAAAUAGCGUCAGUUCUCACGUCGGACAAACAUUCCAAAAAGCGCGAAGGAAGGUCGAGGGUCAACUGAUGAAAAUCGGUUUAAAUAAAGGCAAGAAAAAAGACGGAGUCAUGGAGGAAGCACCAGGAAGUCAUCUCAGCAGGAAAAACUCAAUGGAGAUCGGCGACAACAGAAGGGAAUCAGAAUUUGUGGUUUUAAAGGAGCGCAAACUGGUUCCGAUUUUACCUGUGUACAAUGGGAUGCUGAGAUUUUCGUUUCUACUUGAAAUUUGCCAGCCAGGCUCUGUUCCAGAUGCACAGUUACUCGCUGCCCUUUUAGAUUUGCCCAACGCACCGGUGGUGUCCAAGGCUUGUCUUCUUUUGGAGUGCUGCUUUUUCGUGCAUAAUUGUAACCGCGGCCAGUGGCCUAUGUGGAUGCGCCUCAACUUCCCAAUGUUCCGCCCAUCGGUGCCGAGUCGAGGCAGCACGACCGCACCGUCAGGCCUACGCAGGUCGCACAUAUUUCAGCGUUACGCGGGAAAGAUGUUUUACCAGUGGGCAGAGACAAUAGGCGCCAGGCUCGAGGACAUGAUCCAUCAAGAUAAACAGCACGUCCCAAACAUCGUGGCCAUGGUUACUGACGAGCUCAGGCAGAAAGAGCUCAUGCUGCAGGACGAAGAAGAGGAUUUUCUCGACGAAGCGAGCAUUGGCCUAAUGGGCCUUCAGUGUCCCCUAUCGUUGAGGAUGGUUGCGUGCCUGUUACUUCUGGAAAUAACAACCUUCCUCAGGGAAACAUACCAAGCCCUUCCUAAGUCGAGCCGACUGUCCAAUAAAGACCGCCCACCAGCAGGCUGGGACAAGUUGUACAGCAAGGAUGCAAACAGACGCUGGAGCAUGGCUCUGUCCUCAAUGGGACACUCGCAGACUUCAGCCCAAAGUCUUCAGUCCAUCGCCGGAGACAAAGAUAACGGUGGGCAAAAUUCUGAGCGAAAAAUAAGCUUCGUUCUGCACGAGCCGGACAACGAGUCGGAGGGAAGCAGCAACACGACAGUAACUGCUCAAGGUGAGGAAGUGGCGGUCGAGGAGAAAAAACGUGGUUCAGUUGUCGGCACUCCAGCUGCUCCUGCUCCUAGAAUCCCUACAAGUCGCCCUUACCUUCUUCGCCGCGGAACAAAUGCGGGAACCGCAGGGUCUUUUAAAAGGAGAAGUCUGAAAUUGCGGAGGAACACGAAAGAAGCGAGCAGCCGCAGUGAAAACGAAAGCACUGACUCCGUUUCAGGCAACCAGCCGUCAGUCCGUCGCGCCGACUCGAUCCAGUCCAAACGAAAAGUCAGCUCAAUAUCCGACAGAUCAGACACGUCCGACCACGGAGCCGACGGCGCCGGAAGUGGAGGCGAAGAGUCCCCCGGGGUGCUCAGCGACGAGCAACCGCCCGAAAGCCCCAGCGACAGCAACGACACCGACGACGGGUGUUGCAGCAAAAACAUGCCCUGGAUGAAAACGGUCGUGCAGCUAGCCAACUCGUACAACUUCUAUUGCAGCCACCAGGGUUACUGCCACCCUUAUUGCUAUCGACGUCACAUGCGUGCCUGUAACCGACUCAUCAAGUCUGUUCGUAAAGUUUACGGCGAACAGUUUGGAAUAACAGGCGACUACAAGAAUCCGCUGAUUGAAAAACUUGGGCAGAGUGACAAGAAGGACAAGCAAAGAGGCCGAAAGGUGUCUGAUCAAACCAGUUCACAGACUUCGCCUAUUAGAAGAAAGGACAGCCUUGGAAAAAAAGACAGAGUUGAUCUAAAAUUUUCACGCGACUCCUCAAGGGAUAUAGCCGAACAGGACAGUGAGAGAGGGAGAGAUCCUUCAUAUACACCACACCCCAGAGACAACAAAGAUGAGCCACCAAUACUGAAAUAUAUUAAAGCUCACGCUCGUUCCCUUUUUCACUCGCCGAUGUCGGUGCUCCUUAAAGGAGCCGUAAUAUUGCACGAAGACAAUUUUAUCGACAUCUUGCCAGUUGCGUGGGAGCUGCUCCUUGAACCAAGCCAAGAAGUUGCUGCCUCGGCUGCAGCUCUAUUUAUUUUGGCGGCAGUCAAAGCGCCUGCCCACGCAUCAAACGUGAUGCAACACUGCUUGCAGCACAGCGAUGUGACAACGCGAAUACAGGCUGUCUUGAGAUUUCAAGUUCUGUGGAAGUCGAGGUUUCAAGUUUGGUCGCGCAUGGAAGAGGGCGCCUACCUAAAUUUUAAGGUACCACCCCCCGGAAUUGAAUUCACCCUGCCUUCGCCUAAGAUAGGCAUUGAAAGUCUGCCUGUCGUUGAUCCUCCGUGGAUGCCGCAAGUCAAGACGAAAGUUGAGGAGGUCACAAUUAGCCAAGAAAGCCACAGGUCACUUGUGACCGCAACUAAGACACGAAAGAAGCAACAGACAGAAUUGAUAAAAUUAGCCUUGCAGGCAGAGGAGGACAAAAAGCGGCAGGAAAGAGAAAAUUUUUUGAUCACCACCAUUCCCAUCACAUUCCAAGCAGCUUACGAACCCAGUUUGCAUCUACACGAGGAUCAUGAUGAUGACGAGGAGCAACAGGACACUGCUCAAGCUCGAGCACACGCAGUUAGUGCGGCGCACUCACUGUUCCCCUCUUGUCUUUGCGCGUCCGUGAUCCAGAUAAUUGGACUUCUGGAUGACGCCGCAGUUGCCCCUGACGGCAGUGCCGUUUACGAGGUUGCGUACCAAGUCAUCUGGAACUGUUUGGUCGAGGACAGCGCCCUUUUCCUCCGCUACGUUUUGGAAAGGGUGACCCGCGAAAAGCAGGAUCUCAUGUUUAAAAUUUUGAGACACCUGAUUCGCUUUGUGCCGAAACUGCCCCAACAAGCGGCGUUCGCCCUUUACAACUACAUCAUUGGCUAUGUCAUGUUUUACGUGCGCACUCCGCACGAGGGUGGCCAAGAACUAGUCGGUACAGCGCUCUCUAUUCUUUGGAUGGUCGUGCACAGUGUUCACGGAAUAAUGUUCAAAGACUUGAAACAGAUUUUAAGAAAAGAGCAGUGCGAUGCUUCAAUCUUGUUAACAGCGAAUGUGCCGUCAGCAAAGAAAAUCAUUGUCCAUGGGCCUCAAGAACAAGACGUUGGUGGGAUUCCGUCCCAGUUUCCUGUGCAGGAAGACACGCAAUUUCUACAAAUUUUGCGUGAGUCGCUAGACUUUUUUGGAAUCGACGAAGCGAGGCACAAGGAAUUCUUUUUGGUCGAUCACAAAACUCAUCAAAUACACAGUCCAAACGCCUACGUUAGGGAUUUCUACUUUUUCAAGCGAUCGCAGUAUCCACAACUGCAGCUUGUGCACAUGGAACCCGAGGAAGCGUACAACGCUUUGCAAAAACAAGCAUUCAUCCUGAAAUUCGUCGAGAUAGGCAAAGUUUUGCUCACUUGGGCCAUCCUGAAGAACGUGGAUAUGGUUGUGCAAAGAGUUGUUUUCUUGCACGAAGAGUUGAUGAAAUUGCCAUCGUUCCCGCGAAAAGCAUUGGAAUCCGAGCUUGAUCUUUACAAAGGCGGAGAAAUGGGCCGCGAAUUGCUCGGCCUUGACAUGCUGCACAAGUUCAUGUGGGUGCGUCUAAUAGCAAGGAUGUUUGAGGCAAUGGCCGGAAACUUUGCGUAUUCCGGUGAUAUUCACUUAUUCCUGAACGUCUUGAAUGGUUCGAUUAUCCUGCACAGUGAGUGUGGCUGUAUUCUGAGAUACGUAACAGCCACCUACAUAAAUGCGGCGUUCUAUUUCAAAAAUAUUUUCUCCACAAAUGGGUAUUUACUUGUCAUGCCAACCCUAAUGCAAAUCUACUCCAACCACCAGACUAACAAACUAGUCACUCGCACCGUUGAAUAUACUGUUAAGCAGUUUUACCUAAUGCACAGAAAGCCAUUUAUUCUGCAAAUGUUUGGCGCCGUCUCAGCAAUUUUAGACACGGACGACGACAGCCAGUAUGGAGAUGCCCACAAGGUUCAGGCGAGCUGCCUUUUCAACUUACUUUUAAGCUUGGAAACGCCUUCGCCUGAUCCUCUGAAUAUAGGCGAGCUCGUGAAAGAAGAGAAACCUUUAAAAGCGAUCGACUUUUGUUACCAUGACGAGAACGAGAUGGUCACCGUUUUUGACUGCAUAUCGCUGUGCGUUAUGGUAGUCGCCUACUCGGCCGACUCGGUCAGGGCUCAACAAAUGCUGAUUAUAUUAGAAGCAAUUCUACCUUGCUACUUGCAACAAAUCCAACUGCCGUCAUACAAGCACAACGGAAAAUCAGAAAAGGAUAUACUGCUGCAAUUGUCAGUUGCGAUAAAAACUCUAGUCAAUAACUGUGAAGCGCUCUCUAAAAACUACACUGGGCCUCAAAAGGCAAGUCCUGAUCACAAAGGAUCCAGUCAAAGGAAUUUCCGCAGUGGUCCAUACUCGCCAGGAUUCGAAUUUGACGAGGAUAGCCACUCAAAAUACGUCAGCGAUCACAGCCGAACAAGGCCAGGAAAUGAAAGGGACCUUGAAGACUCGGAGGUUAUGCGAAACGAAUUUCGGCGGCCAAGGGAUAUUUUGCUUUCAAUGGUAGCUGACUUUUUAAACAAGUGCACAGCUCGUCUGAACGAGCUGAAUAAGAAAACGCAACAAGAAGGAAAGCCGGUCGAGUUGCUAGAUAUUAAGGCACAUGUGCGCUUAUCAGAUAUCGCGCACUCGCUCUUGAAAGUGUCCCCUUACGACCCAGACACGAUGGGCUGCCGCGGCCUUCAGCGUUACAUGAAUGACAUACUGCCCUCCACCGAAUGGUCAAAUGAAGCAAUGCGACCUGCUCUGACAGCCAUCCUUCGACGGCUAGACAAAGUUUUCAGCAAAAUUUACAAGAAACCGUCGAUAAGGAGACACACUGACUGGGAUGCAGCUGCUGGUCUUUUGAAAGGUGUCUACGAAACGAUGUCUAAAUGCCCAUAUAUCGUCCACAUGCAGCACGUGAAAAUUUUAAUGAACACGUGUCAGGCUCUCAUUGUUGGGGACGCCGUAUCAACAGGCGUUGUGGAGGGAGUCAGUUCAGCCACAGCGGCCCUGAUGAGCCAGGUGCCACCGCCUCACUUUUGCUCCAUUGUCGUUCGGCUAAUUGCCCUGCAAAUUUUGGCCAUUGGGGUAUUCAGCCACCUGACCAUGGAAACCUAUUCCCUGGAGCAAGUUUGCGGAGGCAGUUCGGUGUUCCCAACACACAACAAAACAGAAACAAUGCUCAUGAACCUCUUGAUGCCCCUCUGCAUAAGAGUAGGAAGUGGCAGAAAAGACAUGCCUCGGAUGCGACAGGCUGAUAUUUCCUUCGCGCUGACCAUCGUCCUUCACGCUCUGAAUCCACCUGCGACAAAGACGUCACCGGUUACUGCCCAGAACAUCAAAUCAGCCUCAGAGAUGCGCGCGGGUAGCAUCACCUUUGGAAGCCGAGACUCUAAUAAGAGACUGGCCCCAAUUCCAAUGUCUUUGUUCAAAAUUGCUUUCCUAGCCCUGAAAACAAUGAUCGCUUGUUUUGAGGUGGAACUGGUUAUGGAUUGGCCGAGGAUCGCGAGGACCAUUCAAGAAUUAGGACGCAGAGGCGAUUGCGGUCUGCUGUUCUGGACUUUCGUGGAUUACGUUGCAACCCAAAGACCGCCACUAUACGUCUUGCUGCACCCAUUUAUCAACGUUAUGCUUUCAAAACCUGGACUGACCGACGCAGAGAGACACUUGCAAAGCCUGGUGAAAGAUAAGCUAGGAUGCUCUAACCUGCCACCAAAGAAGGCCAAAGGAGCCGUCCUAGUGGAGUUAGCACACGAAAUGAAAGAGCUGAAAGAGGAAAUGGAAGACAGGAGAUACAGCCGCAAGUCAACGACAGACCAUUCAGAGCAGAACAUUCCACCUCGGCCACACCGGCCGUCAAUCAUCGAAUUGUUCACCGGCGACCUGGCUAGACACCACCACCAUCAACACCCGUCUGACAACUCUGGCGCUAACCUAGCGCCACCAACGUCUAUUUUGCAAAGAGAGGGAAGUGUUAGGUUCUCGCCCUCUUGCGAGAGUAUCGCUACCCCUGAGAUAGUGGCAGAUGACAUGGAUGCCGCCGAUGGGGACGAGGAGUCGACGUUGACCCCUCCAACCCCGCAACCCGAGCAUCAACAGUUGCUGCCGCCACCCGUGGACGAACACCUUGCCUCGCCAGACCGUACCCGACUCAAAGCCUCAAAACUUCGUUUUGUGCCUUCAGUAGAGUUUAGACACACAUCAGCAAAGUAUGGCAUUUUGAAUUCGCAUGGAGAAACGUCAACUAACCCCUUGAGCCCGGGAAGUCCAAAUGAUGAAAGCUCUGGAGAGCACAGCGGACGAAAACCGCGAUUGCAAAGGUCAAAGGCACAGAGCAGGAAAACCUUCAGAUUGAGAAAAAGCAGAAAGUCCAAGAUUGAGGUUUCGCACAUAAAAGUGGAACCGCCGGCAGCGGUGCCAGCGCCGAUGGAUCUGCAGGUGACAGCGACCUCAAGCAAGAGCAUGCCACCUUGCAGCCCAGCGUUGCAACGAACCAAGUCUAAGCUGUGCCGCGAGCUGUCCUACGACGACGACAACUCGAUUUCGCAGACGUCGAGCACGUCUGGGUACCGCGAGGCCUACACCGAGCGCUACACCCUGCUGAAUGAGCUGCCCGCCGUUUUCCCACCCCCGCUGGCUUCGCCCGACCACCCAUCGAGCAGCAGCGCCCCGCACUGCGGCGGCAGCUCGCAGGAGAGCCUCAACAGCGGCGAGGACAUGGCCCUUCUGCCUGAUAGACCCACCCCUCGGGCCUCUCUAAUGGCUUUAUUUGAGCAUCACCAGGACGAAGACACCCUCUUAUAAGUUUUUUGGAGAGGGUGGAAGAUGAAAUAGCAUUAAUUUUUAAUUUAAGGAUUUUUCCUAAUCGUUCAUCACACGGAGAUUGUUGUUUGAGAGCAAAUUAGCUUGAGUUAUUGUAAACUUGCACUUCUAUGUCAGCAACAUUAUUAGUUAAAAUUAGCUGUCGUUUAUUUUAGAGUCUCGAUUGAUAUAAUGAUAAAAUCUGUUGAAUUGUAACUUUUUGAUGAUUAAAUCAAUUAGCGACCGUUAAAUCACAAGCUGUGAUUGUUGAUAAAAAUAAUUAACGAAUUGAUUAAAAGAUUAAAAGGGAAAAUUGUUGAGUUUGCCUGUUCAAUUAAAUGUUCUGUGAAUUUUAUAGAACGAUUGAAGUUUAAUAAACUUAAGCACUGGACGCAUUGAA